AUGUAUUCACCCCCGGACGAAAACUCAUCUAAGCGAAGAAAGGUCCGAAAGGGCACGCACAGUUGCUGGGAGUGUCGACGGAGAAAGGUCAAAUGCAUCUUCGAAUCACCCCAAGAUGUCAUUUGCAUUACCUGCCAUCGUCGGGGUGCGAAAUGUGCUAGCCAAAGAGAUUUGGACGACUCGAAUUUGUCAGGCCGCCAAACUGAAGGCAAGGAGCCAGCAGACAGCCAUGAUAAUACGCCUACGGGCCAGAGUUCAGGCGCUUCUGGGCCGGUGAUUCGAGAUGCCCAUGGCAUUUGCACGCCCUCUGUUUCUAUUUCAGAGUCAUCAACGCCGGCUUUCUCUCAACAUGCCGGCUCCGUGAAUUCCAUCGCCAACGGCCGACAGGGGGAGUGGCCAAAACAACCCCGCAGAGUGUCCGAAUUACAGUCAACCACAAAUCCCAACACACAUGAAAGCAUUACUCAGGAGCUACUCCGCGCUCUGCCCUCGGAAAACGACAUCAAGAUCCUCAUGGGAAAGAUCACUAAGGUCCCCUUACUCUGCCACCAAUCAUUCUAUAAGGAGGGCUCACAGGAGGUUCUAGAUGAGCAAGGCCCGUUACCCAAUCUCCUCUACCCAGAAGAGCACCCAGUCUUGCUUGCAAGCCAAAUGCUACUUUUCUCUCUCGCAAUACAGAGUCGGUGGCCGAAUGAUGUGCCACCCGGCCUCAGCAAGCAUCCGCAUGUAAUUAUGGAAGAACUUGCGGAGUCAGCAAUCAAGUUGGUAACCACCAAUGACGCACUACUAGGCACACUGGAGGGUCUUGAGAACAUCAUGUUUGAAGGAAUGUAUCACGUCGACCGCGGCAACAUAAGAAGAUCUUGGGUAACGCUGCGCCGUGCUGUGACAGUAGCACAGCUGCUGGGUAUCCAUCUUCCUGGCCAUCAUCGGUUCAAGCUGCUCAAAAGCGGGAGCAACCUUGAUCCUCAGGCAAUAUGGGACUGUAUCGUGUGGAUGGAGCGUCUUUUAUCCCUUUUGCUCGGUCUCCCUUCAUGUACCCUUGGUAUGGGCUCCGCCUACCAGGAUACAAGCAGCAUCUCAACAAAAGGCCUCGAGUUUCCUCCAACUUUGACGGACUUGAUAGCACAAGUUCUUGAAAGAAAUCAGGUCAACACCUUUGAGAAAUCCGCCGAAUUAACCAGAGGAAUAAACAAAGAGUUGAUCAGGGUAGCCGAGAUCAUGCCGCUUAAAUUCUGGCGACCGCCCGCCUAUGACGGCAUGAAGGUCAAUUCCCCAGACGCCUUCGCUGAAACCAAACGGAUCCUGGAGCAUAUGCGAUAUUACACUUUGUUGAACCAGCUUCAUUUACCACAUAUGCUGUGUCCGAACACUUCCUUCGAGAGUACCUGUUCCAAAAUCGCCUGCGUCAACGCGAGCCGCGAGAUUCUGAUUCGACAAAUUGCCAUUCGCAACUUCAAUCCCAUCAGCGCUUGUUUGAGGAUGGGGGACUUCCUGGCGCUGAUCGCAGGCUUGACACUGGUACUGGCACACAUCUUCAGUCAUUGUCACGAAGAAUUGGCCAAUGUCCUGAUACAUCAACGGCAAAGCGACCGAGCCAUCGUGGAACAAGCACUCGAGUGUAUGGAGUCGAUGUCUGAGCUGCGCAACGAUGUGCUCUCUGCAAAAUGCAGUACUCUACUGAAAGACCUGCUGGCGGUUGAAGCAGACGCUGCACAGGGAGGCAGCUAUCAUGCGCAAACUCUACAAGCAGGCAGCGGUGACGGCGAGAAUCAAAACGGCUGCCAAGUGCUUGAAAUAUGUGUGCCCUAUAUCGGCUCUAUCAAAAUUGCGCGUAGGGGGAAUAUAUCUGUCGCCCCCUUCCAAAGAGUAUCGCGGGACAAUAUCGUCCGCGAACCCGUCACACUUGGCGGUAUUGGAUCUGUCCAUCUCAGCAACUCAACAUUACCCAGCCAGAAUGGCAUUGAUGGCAGCCUAAAUUCGGCGUCCCGGCUACCAGUAUCCAAUUGUGCAGAAUUGUCCGCUCAGCCAUCUACUACGUUUGAUACGGAGAUGAUCCCAGGGCAGAUGCCUACACAGGAAGAUCAGAUGUUUCCGGAUGCUGCCGCGCCUUUGGAUGAUUGGGUGUUUCAAGGUUUCGAUACUGCUUUCUUUGAUGUUCUUAUGCGAGGAGUUACAGACCCGAAUCAGCCUAGUUUAUAA